ACACGUCGUGUUUGCGACUAAUGGGAGGAGCUUUGGAGGGCGAGUGAGAAGGAGAGCCGUAAAGCAGUCGGGACGGGGAGGUCAUUAGAUAGAGAGGUACUCUUUUUAAACCUGGGGGGAGCGCUUCACAAUCACAGAAACACACUGAAAUCAGAGAAAAUAACACGAGAUAUUCCUUCUUCAACCUGCCCCGGGGUUGUCUUUUAUUAACGAGAAGAAACCAAAAUGCUUCGCUGGGUAGCGCGGCUGCGGCAGUCUGUGCGCUGGGUUCCCCGGCCCUUCCCCGGUUCGGCCCCAGGCUCGGGUUCGGGGUCCUGUCGGCUCCGGCGUUACCAUUCUGGGGGAGCUAGUCGGGUCCGGUCCGUCUGCAAUUCCGCAGGGGUCUACGGCAAAGCUGUCUUCGUGCAGGGCAACAAGACCGUCAGUUACCAGGACAGGAGAUGGUACAGCCUGCCGCCCCACCAGAAAGUUCUGCUUCCAUCACUGUCCCCCACCAUGCAGAUGGGGACCAUCGCUCGCUGGGAGAAGAAAGAAGGAGAUAAGAUCAACGAGGGAGAUCUGCUAGCAGAGGUGGAGACGGACAAGGCCACUGUGGGCUUUGAGCUGUUGGAGGACUGUUACCUGGCCAAGAUCCUGGUAGCCGAGGGAACGAGGGAUGUGCCGAUCGGGGGUGUUAUAUGCAUAACAGUAGAACAACCGGAGUUUGUUGCUGCUUUUAAAGACUACACUCUGGAAGACGCUGCAGCCUCUGCCCCGCCCCCUGCCAGUGCCGCAGCCCCUCCCCCUGCCGCAGCCACGCCCCCCCAGCCCCCGGGCAGCUCCUACCCGCCUCACAUGAAGGUCUUGCUGCCUGCCCUGUCCCCUACCAUGACCAUGGGCACAGUGCAGAGAUGGGAGAAGAAGCUGGGAGAGAAGCUGAGCGAAGGGGAUCUGCUGGCUGAGAUUGAGACAGACAAAGCUACCAUAGGUUUCGAGGUUCAAGAAGAAGGAUACCUGGCUAAGAUCAUGGUUUCAGAAGGAACGAGGGAUGUGCCUCUGGGGACCCCCCUGUGUAUUAUAGUCGAGAAGGAGUCUGAUAUCCAAGCUUUCGCUGAUUAUGUGGAGACUGGAGUGGCAGAAAUGACAACCCCACCGCCUCCUCCCCCGAGCCCGGUGGCUGCAGUCGCCCCCUCUCCCCAGCUCUCCACUCCGAGCCCGGCUGCCAUCGCUGCUGCAAAGAAGGGCCGGGUCUUCUCCAGCCCCCUGGCAAAGAAACUGGCAGCUGAGAAAGGCAUUGACGUGGCUCAGGUUACAGGUACUGGUCCAGAUGGAAGAGUGACAAGGAAGGAUAUCGAGACCUUUGUGGCUCCAAAGACAGCACCUGCCCCCUCGGUGACCGCGGCCCCCCCUCCUGCAGCAGCCCCCUCCAUGGCAGCCGUGCCCACCGGCACCUUCACGGACGCCCCCAUCAGCAACAUCCGCAGGGUUAUUGCCCAGCGCCUGAUGCAGUCCAAACAGACCAUCCCUCAUUAUUACCUGUCUAUCGAUGUGAACAUGGACCAGGUGCUGGAUCUGAGGAAAGAGCUCAAUGAGGAAGUGAAGUCUGACAAUGUAAAGCUGUCUGUGAACGACUUCAUUAUCAAAGCCUCGGCUCUGUCUUGCUUGAAGGUGCCUGAAGCAAACUCCUCUUGGCUGGACACAGUAAUCAGACAAAACCACGUUGUUGACGUUAGCGUUGCAGUGAGCACCCCUAAUGGCCUGAUCACUCCCAUUGUGUUCAAUGCUCACAUCAAGGGACUGGCUGGCAUCAGCAAAGAUGUGACCUCGCUGGCUGACAAGGCGCGACAGGGCAAACUGCAGCCUCACGAAUUCCAGGGUGGCACUUUCACAAUCUCUAACCUGGGCAUGUUCGGGAUCAAGAACUUCUCUGCCAUCAUCAACCCCCCGCAGGCCUGCAUUCUUGCUGUGGGCGGCUCAGAGAAGAGGCUUCUGCCAGCUGACAACGAGAGAGGGUUUGAUGUAGCCAGUAUGAUGUCGGUCACCCUGAGCUGUGAUCACCGUGUUGUGGAUGGGGCUGUGGGUGCGCAGUGGCUUGCAGAGUUCAGGAAGUUCCUUGAAAAACCAAUAACCAUGUUGCUGUAAAGCCAGUGUAAACCCAACCAGCCAUGGGAUUCAACCAUCUAGGAGUCCAGUGUUUUAUAUAUAAUAUUAUAAAAAAUAUAGAGACACACACACACACACACACACACACACACACACACACACACACAUGCAGCCGUUCAGAAGUCACUUGACCAGUUCAGGGGAACGAAAGUCAAAGCAGCCAGCAACAGUAGACGAUAUACAAAGGCUGGCAUGUUCCAUGUUUGUGGGCACUCAAUUUGAUCCAGCUUUUAUGGCUGCACACGUUCUUGGGACGUCCCACUGGAGUUGAAAGCACUUCAUGGCCAAUGACACUUUGAUGGCUUCACUAGCUCUUGUGUCUGUUUGUUUGUUUGUUUGUUGGAUCCAGGUCACUCUGCUGUGCAUGUAGUGCAGUGAAAGGCAGAGUUCUGUCAUCCUUUCCACCUAGUCUACUGUUGCUUCCACAUACUCCUGAACUGAUAAAGUGACGUCUGAACCAACCUGAAUAUAUCUGUUUGCAUCGAUCCUCAAAGAAUCCUGUUAAACAGCUCAACAAAGAGGGUUUGUUUUGUCUGUUAUUUAUGAGAUUUCACGGCUGUCUGAUCUGUCCUGUGCAGAUAUAGUUAUAUUUUUAAAGCAGAGGCUCUCGGGGAGUAAUAAUUGUACCAUGUCUGCAUUAUCAUUUCUUACAGUUUUCAAAGGUCACCUCCAGAAUUUAGUUUGGGUUACAUUUUGUUUUUUCUUUUGAAUUCCAAUCCUGAAUUCUGACAUUUUGGGCCCAUUUACAGUUAUUUAAAAAAAAAAAAAAAAAAAAAAAAAAUUGGCAAUGAAUAAAAGUAUUAAAUUGUUGUCUAAUGAAAACCGGUACUUUGAAAAACAACUUAUUAAAUGACUCGGGAGUUUAAGCUUUGUGAAUUGGGUUCUCUUUUGUACUUGUGUAAUGUGAGAUUGCAUUGUUACUCCCCAUGGCUGUGUAUUGAGUUACUACAGUAACAGAAGAGUGUGUUCCUUUUGGAAACAUUCGUGUUAAAAUGACAUGGGAUGAUGGGUUUGUGUUUGUGUUUAGAUUACUUGAAUCAUAUGUCUAGAUUGUGAGUCCUCCACAAGAGAGAAAAUGAAAGAGCGAGACUGAACGGCUUGGCUGUUGGUUUACUUUGGACUCCUCAAACGUGGGGUACAAGGCUUCGCAUACCAAUUGAACUGCACAGCUCUGACAAUUCAAGCAGCUUUCCUGUCAUCUACAUUCUGCAUUGCGUAUAUCUAUUAUAGAAAAUCAGCUGCUGUCAUUUUAACACACGUGGGAGGAUGCAUGGACCAGCACACCCAUUGGUUCAGUACCAUAUUAAAAGUGCAGGAUCCGUAUUCCUCCAGGAAAGAGACCUUCCAAUCCACUCAGUCUUAUGUGUAAUAGACUCGGCAUGCUGCUCACAGUAAAGGCCUCUUUUUAAAUGUUAUCUUUCAUAAAGUAACACAAGUACAACCCUAAACAAGCGGUCUUGUCAACUCAGAAGGGAUCCUGUAGCUUCUGUUGGGUAGUUUUUAAAAAAAUAAAAUGAAUACUGAAUUUACAUAUCUGUUUCUCUCCAUGUAUUCACGAACAACCCUAACGUUGUAAGGAUAAAUCAAACGGGAAUCUUAUGUAGCUUGUCCAGAUCUCUCUGAUUUUGUAUUUAUUUUUUGUGUAUUCUUUACUGUCCUGCCUUGUUUUAUUUAAACUUUUUUGGGGGUUUGGGGGGUGAAAAUAAAUGCUGGAAGAAAACAACUAGUUUCACUGCUUUAAACUCAUUUAAAAAUCCUCUGUGUUUUUCAUGCAGUUCUAUUAAAGGUGCUGAAAUGUAAAAGAAAGCGUUAACGUUGACAGAUUGAAAGGAACUCUUGUAGGUUUUGCUUUGGAAAGUAUGCAAAGCCAUCUUCUAUGAUACAAUAACCGUGACCUCUCGGCUUUCUUGUGAAACUCGAAAAGUCUUUGAAUCUGUUUAUUCUAAUCUUUUCACUUGUAAUGUGCCACCUAAAAGCCAAUAUUUUGAAUUAAAAACUACA